CUUUUCAAAAUCUUUCAAAAAAAGCUCAAAACCCCAUCUCUCUCUCUCUCUCUGCAACCAAAACCCUAGAAAAUUCCACUACACUCGCCUCCACCAUGCACCCGCACUCAUACACCGUCGAUUCCCUUUCCAAAUGCCAAGACCUUGCCUCAUCCAUCCUCUCCUCCUCCACUCCUCCUCAGAUCUCAUCCAUCUGCGCCUCCAUCGACUCUUUCUUGCACUCUCACUCCCCCGAUCAAUCCCGUAACUUCUUCUACUUCGCCUUCCCUGCUCUAAUCUGCAAGCUCUACGGCUUCGAUGACUCAACGUCGCCGCCCAGCAAACAAUCUAGCGCGGGUGGAUGGCUCGACAUUAUCCACCUAGCAAACGACCCCGCUUUAACUUCUAGGGUUUUCAACGUCCUCUCUCCGAACAGCCUACUUUUCCAAUCAAUCUUCGCCGUUGAUCGUCAAUCUUUAGUCAAAUACGUGUUCCCAAUCGAACGGUUGCCGGAGUGGGCUCGGUUUUUGCUAUCAGGCGAAAAAGAUUGUCAGGUUUUAAACAAUCUUUGCCCUCUUUUUAAAGAUAAAAUAAAAGGAGAUUCGAUUAAAGGAGGAGGAUCGUUAUAUUAUCAAGUACAAUUAAAUGUAUUUGAAUUUUUCAUGUUCUGGUUCGCUUAUUACCCUGUUUGUAAAGGAAAUAGCGAUAAUUUGAAAAGUUCAGCAACUGAAAGACCCAAAAAGUUCAAAUUAGAGAAUUGGACAUCUUCCAUUCCGUGUUUUUCACAUCCAAAACAUGGAAACGAGCGAAAUGUGGAGGGCAAUGAUGGUCUUUAUAUGCGGCUAUUGUAUGCAUAUUUGCGUGCGUUUGUGCCUAUUUGUGAUUUGAAUUCACACCAGCCUUAUCGUGGUUCGCUUUUGCAUUAUGGGUAUGGAAAUGAUGGGUCAGUUUUGUAUAGAGCGGAGUUUUUUGUUAAUGUGUUGAUGAAUUAUUGGUUGGUUGAUAGUGAUUUCUCGCCGUUGAAUGUUAAUGUUUGCAAGUCAUGGGGUUUGUCCUUUAAGUUGAGGUUGGUUCCAAGGGAGACCCCGCCGACACCAAAUUUAGGUGAGGUGGUGAAGUUGUUGGUUAAGUAUUUGAAUUUGAGUGCGAGUGCAGUGAAAGAAGGGAUUGAACAUUUUGGGAAUCCAUCUUGGAGUAGGGUUUCUUCUGAGAAAUCAAAGGAAUUGGCUGCAUCCAUCAAUAGCCCAAUGCACGUGGUUGGUCCAUGGAAUGCUUGGAUUCAGAGGCCGGCGUAUAGGUUUAUUUUGAGGUCAUUUCUAUUUUGUCCUGUGGGGACUUCAAUUAAGAAUGCUUCACAGGUGUUUUCUGUGUGGGUUACUUAUUUGGAACCGUGGAAGAUUGGUUUGGAUGAUUUUGCAGAGCUUGAUGCCAUCGUAGACGGGUCAGGGAAUGAUGUGAAGAAGGAAGGUGAGAAGAAUGUAGAAUGUGGGUAUUCUUCUUCAUGGCAGGGCUAUGUACUGUCCAAUUAUCUGUACUACAGUUCGUUGGUUAUGCAUUUUAUUGGGUUUGCACACAAGUUUCUUCACACUGAUCCUGAAAUGAUAGUCCAGAUGGUAUUGAAGGUGAUAAAAAUCCUGACAUCAUCUAAAGAGUUGACUGAUCUUAUAAAGAAUGUUGAUACUGCUUUUCAUUCGCAACAAGCUGGGUCUGGCAAAUCAAUGCUUAGCAGUUUAUAUGGAUAUAUACCUUUAAUUCGUGAACAGUUGCAGGAUUGGGAAGAUGGUUUAUGUGAGAGUGAUGCUGAUGGUUCUUUCCUGCAUGAGAAUUGGAACAAAGAUUUAAGGCUCUUUGGUGAUGGAGAAGAUGGUGGGCAACAGCUACUCCAGUUGUUCAUAUUGCGUGCUGAAGCUGAGUUGCAAGCCAACUCUGGUGAUAAUCUUGCAUGCAACCUUCAGUGUAUAGAUUCAUUAAAGUUGCAGGUAAGAUGUAUUUUUGGUGGCCAUACUGUGAAACAGAUCUCAUUUAUGCCAGAAGUAAAACAUGUGCAAUCACGGGAUGAAAUAUUUAAGCCCAGAAGAGUUUUCAACGAUGCAUCGCACAAUGUUAAAUACAAGGGUGACUGGAUGAAGCGCCCCAUUUCUGAUGAUGAGGUAGCAUGGCUGGCAAAAUUUCUUGUAUGGCUAUCAAGUUGGCUAAACGAGAAUCUUGGGCUAUAUCAAGCAGAGAGAAGCAAUGGUGAUCCUAAAUUGUCAUAUGUGGAGCCUCCAAGUGAUGCAGGAAAUGUGUGUGGAUCCACAGAAAUCAUGAAGAUGACAUUAUGUGCUGUUUGUUCUUGGUUUUUGAUGUCGGGUGCUAUGGUAGUGAGGCUAAUGAGAAAGCAUGGUGCAAGGGUGAACCUCAGGAUGUUAGCAUCAAAGAAGAUUGUGACGGUUUUGCUCGCAUGUUCUGUAUUCAGUAUAUUGAAGAGAGUUUUUGGAACAAGUUAAGUGUAGAUAAGAGUGAAGGAUACAUGGAUUGACAGAAGUAUAAACCAUAAGGAUAACAUACUAAUAUAGAGAAAAGAAAAAAAGAUGCAAAGGUGUUUUUCCUGUUCUUGCAAUGGUUGUUGCAUUGAGUUUUUCGUUUGUCCUCUGGCCCUCUUGUAAUUAAGCAUGAUUUUUCGGCAGUGUGAAAAAUGUUUCAGGCCUUGCUUCUCUCUUGAAUUUUCUUUCUGGCUUAUCUGCUCAUGUAUGCAGCACCGCAGUAUCAACGAUCUUUGUUCCACGCUUUGUUCAUCUUA